CUUAUUGUGAAGGUUUGUGAUUGUGGAUAUUAUUCAUAAUGAAGAUACCUUCCAAUUUUCAAUGUAAUCAUUUCAUGUAUACAUUUUUCGUUAUUCAAUACUAUUUGAUUUAUUAAUGAAAUGGGAACUCUUGUUGGGCAAUGGUAUAAUUUGGGAAGUAAUUGUACUGGUUCUCUUGGAGACUUAAAUAAUUGUGGAUAUUCAUCAAACACCAGUGAGGAAUUCAUUCAACAAAACUGGGAUACUGAAUCGAAUAAUACAUCAUUUCCGUCUUGGAUGUCCAAGAGUAAUCAUCAAACUAUGGAUCUUGAUGAAAGAUCAUUAAAAACAUCAUUUAUGAAUAGUCUUAUUUUAGAUAUGCAAGAUUUUUCGAAAACUGAUAUUUUUACAGAAACAUCGAAUAGUCAUAAUUCUGCAAAUUUACUUAGUUUAACACAAUUAUUGGGAUUAAGUCGUCUAAUGAACUUUAUUAUGUAUAAAUCUCGUCAAACUAAUACAGAUGCUGAACUUGUUGGAAAUGUCCAUCAACGUUCAUUUACGGAUUAUAUUUUUGCACAAUCUCAAUUAGAGCGAAAAGCUAGAAGACGUAGUCAUUACCCUAUAUUAAAAACUUUUUCCCAUUCGAAUUCAUUAAAUGCUAGUUUAACAAGUAUAGUUGAAGCUGAUCAUUUUGUACAUUCUAAAUGGGAUACAAUUGAAACUUAUUUCAGUAAACGAUGCAGACGUCGUCACUGUAACAGUGAAAGUGGUUUAUUCUCACUUGAAGAUAACUUAUCCUCACUAUUCUUACAUGAUAUUGAGUAUACUAAAAAUAAGAAUGAUAAUGAAGAAGAUAAACAAAAUCUAAGUACUAAUAUUACAACAUCAAUACAUCUAGAAGAAGAAGCACAAAAUAUUUCAUCAACAAGCUUAGACUUGAAAACAAACAACUUUGGAGAGAUGGAGACAAACAAUGAAAAUGCUUGCUCACAUUAUCAAUCCGAAGAUGAUAAUUGGCUUUCACUUAUAAAUAAACAAAAUGAAUUAUUAUUAGUAAAUACAAAUGAAAAUGAUAAUCAAUUUUCUCUGUCAGCUGAAAAUCUAAAUCCUAAUUGUAUAAAUGAAUUACAAAAUGAAUUACCUUUACUAAACAUUACAAAUUCAAUUGAAUCAAACAAUGAACUUGUAAAUAACAUUGUGAAUAAGCCAAUUACACGUUCAUCAACAUCGAAAAAUAAUAUGAAAUUAAAUAAAUCUGUAUCAUUUGCUGAUGAAGUUGGGAAAUCUUUAACUGAAAUAUUUACACUAUGCGAUGAUGAUGAAUUAUAUAAUGGAUUUUCAGAAUUGGAUACAUUGGACAAUUACAAUUUUGGAUCAGUUAAAGACUAUAAAUCAUAUGAUAAUCAAAAUAAACGUUCAAAAUUUCAAAUCUUUUACGGUGAUGAAUAUUUUGAUACUGAAUCACCGGGUAAAACUCAGAAUACAUAUGAAAACAACAAUAAUCAAUUAAUGAAAUUCAAUACUACUGAUAUUGAAUCGCAUUAUAUAUGGAGUUUAACAUUCUCUCAACCAGCUUCACGUUAUUAUGAAUUUAGACAAAAACUUGAAAAAUUUAUGAUAUCAUUAGAAAGUAUUAAUAUUAUACAAUCCAAUACUACUACUACUACUACUACUACUACUACUACUACUACUACUACUACUACUACUACUAAUAAUAAUAAUAAUAAUAAUAAUAAUAAUAAUAAUAAACCAUUAACGUCUUAUAUUAGAUUAAAGGGUACUAUAAAAAUAAAAAAUAUUUGUUAUGAUAAAUUAGUUUAUAUACGUUUAACUAAAAAUAAUUGGAAAACUUUCAUUGAUUAUCCAGCAAUCUAUAGUUCACAAUUAUCAUCUAGUACAUGGUCAAAUACAAAACGUUAUGAUACAUUUAUAUUUAAUAUUCUAAUAGAAUCAGAUCAACAAUCUUUUAAUCCAAAUGAUAAAAUUGAAUUUGCUAUUUGUUUUAUUGCAUUCAAUAAUCAUAAUAAUGAUAAAACAGAAUAUUGGGAUAAUAAUAAUAAUGAAAAUUAUAUUAUAGAACAACGUAAACUUCAUCCACAUUUAAUCAAUAUAAUGAAUAUCAAUAAUUCACAAUCAUCUAAUCAAUCUGAUACACAAACGGAUCAAUUAUCGAUAAUCGAUAAAUCAUUAAAUAAUAACAAUAAUAAUAAUAAUAAUUGUACUAUAGAAUAUAAUAUACCAUCUUAUACAUUAGAUUGUCGACCUAAUUUUGAUGGAUUUACAUCAUUUACAAAUUAUAGAGCAUGGAAUCAUUUCUCUGGUGAAACAAGUUAUUAUUAAUAUUCUAUAAAUGAAUAGUUAUUGAUUUAUUCUUGGUAUAAUUAUGAUUAUUAUUGUUACUUUAUUUGUUUCGCCUUAUUAUUUUUUCGCCUACUAUUUCAUUGUAUAAUUAUAAAUGACAAUAAUUUAUUAAUUCAUGAGAAUAGCAAUGAUGAAAAUUUUCUUUUUCAUUAUUUUUAAUGAAUAAUUCCAAUCGAUUUCAAAGUUCUCCUUCUUUUUUUCUUUUCUUUUCUUUUUCUUUGUUCUUUUUUGUUUUACUGAAGGGAAAAAAACAAAACAAUAAACUGCUAAUUUUUUUUUUAUUCUUCGUCAUGUAGACGCCCUAAUAUUGUCUCCCCCCCUCCUCCGCUUUUUUUUUUGAAAAAAUUUUCUUUGUUCUUUAUUCAUUUCUUUUUUAUGUUCUUUCUUAUUUUGUAUUUGAAUGUGUUUUUUUUCUCUCCUUCAUAUUGUAGUUCAAAUAGAAAAUAAUCGAGUUUUAUUUUUAGUAGGGUUUUUUUUGUUGUUUAUAUUUAAUCGUAUAAGGUUCAAUAAUUGAUGGAAACAAAACAAACAAAAAAAUACUGGUCAACAUUCAACUUGUCCAAUUAGAGAUUGAUUAAAGAUCAAUCUAAUCGAUUGCUAUAUGAUAAACUUGAAUUAGAAAUGUUUCAUUCACAUUAUAAAUACACUAGUUUAUCUAUGCAUAUGAUUAUGCUAUGAAAUUUAUAAUGGGUCAAUUUGUUUAGUGUAUUUCAGGUGUGCAUAUAAUGUUUGCUGGUUAAUAUAAAGAGCUGCAAGUUCACCAUGCCAUCUUAAUAAUACUAAAUCUAAUAAAACACUUACACUUAUGCUCAUGAUAGGAGUGCGUGAAUCCUGGACUUUUAUAUUUCUGGUGUAUGUGUAACUCAUACCAGGAAAGAAGAAACUAGGAACAUAUCCCUUGGGGAUUAAUCACAUAUGAUCUCCACUGAAAACACAUAUUACUCCAGGGUAUGUGUGACGCUAAAUUAAAAAAUAGCAAUAUCAACAAGAGUUUACAAACCUUCAUAGUAGAAACAGGGACUAUGACGUUUGAUUAGUGUUAUAUUUGAAUUCAUGUUACUUUACAUUUCUAUAUGCUUUUAAUUUUUUAGAUUAUUCGUGAGCACUGAAGACAACUUUUAUACUAGGACAAAAUAGUGACUCCUAAUUUUUGAUCAAUCCUUUGAUAACAUUCAUAGAGUCAGUAAAAUUCAAAGAGUUAUUCUUGAGGUGAUGGAGACCUUUCACUCAGGUGGACGAUUUUGGUGGAGUUUCGUUCUUUGAGCUGAAUAGUUUGGUCGUGGAGCUUUAAUUGUUCCUCCAAACGUAAUCAACGGCACGAACUUUAGGUAGAAGUGAAGUAUCCGAAUUUCUCCACAUGUGAUUAACUACCUGUCUUAUCAAAUUCAAUCUUGAUUGGUUAAUAAUGACCUUUAACCUGUCAUUGUCUAAAACGUUAUUUUGAUCUGAUUGUUGAUCCCACAUUUGUUCACAAUUUUUCUAAUGGUGUUGUUUAGAAGAAAAAUGAAAGCUCCACGAUUAAAACACUCAGCUCAAAAGUGAAACUCCACCAGAGUUUUUAUACACCAGUAUUCCCCAACAGAACACAUCUGUGAAUUCACACUGGAUCAAACUUUGAAGAUGAAUUAUUUUCAAACCUUAUUAGAACGCCGUUUCACAUCUUAUUAUGCGCCAAGUAGUUCAACUAGUUUUAUGUGUUAAGAUGGAAACAAGAUCACAGGAAGGAUUUUCUAUAUAACUCGUAACGAUAAGUAACUUUGUUGCAUCGAAUGACUACUGAUCGACGCUAGAACACCGUGAAAACUUCGGAUCAUUGGACUUGCGUUUCGUCCUAUUAUAGGACUUCUCAGAAACGCAUGUUCACAACCCGAUUGCUGGUAACAGAAAUUAGUUCCUCUGGCCUAGCAUACUGACACCUAACCUCCUUACAAAACUGAAUAAUCAUACACAUGCAUUAUUAUUAGUACAAUGUUGUUAAAUUGUUGCUUGCAUUCAACCAUAUGAAUGACUUGUGAUUUCUCUUACAAUAGUAGUAUAACCUUGAUCAUAAUCAGCUCAUAAAGUAUUGUAGUGUUUUUGAAUGAAACAAAUCUAACUCAAAACUCACAUGUACAGUGCACUUUACCUCUGUAAAUACGCACUUUAUGAAUGAAUCAGUACCUUGUGAUUAAGUGAACAGCAUUGAAGAAAACUGCAUUGUUGACAAAUCAUUAUCAAUUUUUAAGCUAAUAUUUUGUUAAUGUUAAU